AUGGUCGAACUGCUACCGCCACCGAUGGAGCUCGUGCUCGGCCCAUCCACGACGGAUGCGCUGCCACAAUGCACGCCCAACCUCAUGCCGUUCCACAUCGACUACGACGGCCCAGCGCCUGUCGAUUCGUUCCUCCUUCUGCGCGCCGCAGCGAGCGAUGACUCGCAGGACCAGUCCAGCUCAAGCACGACCGAAUCUGCGGGGUCUCUGAACAGCUAUGUCUCGGCGUUCCGCGGACGAGCCAUCCAGUCGACAUCCCUGCCGCUUCCCCCCGGCUACCGCGCGGAGCUUGUGCGCAUUGCCCAGGUCGAACCGCCGGCGAGUGCGCAGCCGAGUACCAGCACUGCAGCCCAACCCGCCGCAGAGGAUGACAAGGAAAGACAGCGCAAGAGGCAAAAGACUACGCGCAUGCCCGCCAAACAGCAGAGGUUCUCCAUGGACAGCGAUGACGAUGACAACGAAGACGAAGAGCAAAGUGACCGAGAUGCCUCGCCCGCAUCAGAACGCGAGCCCGAGCAGCAGGAGGAAACGCAGCCAACGGUGGCAAGGACCGACGAAAGGGCGGCGGCGAGAGUACGAAUUGCGCCCGCGGCACACGUGGCAGACGACGAGCUGCGAAUCUGGGGCCCUGACGGCCCGGUCGACCGCGGCGACGAUACACUCUUCCGCACCGUAGGCGAGUGGAUGACCACCGUCGCUCCCAUUCCCGCACCUCGCUUCAAUCACAUCAUCUUUACCGAGCACAACUUUGAGACAGAAUGGGUGCAAGGCGGUAAAUGUCUUCCGGGCCAAGGCAAUGGGCGGGUGGCGCGCGCCACCAAGCGGUACCGCGCACAGCGCUCGGCACUCGAACGCAUCAGCAAGGGCUCCAUCCGCCGUCUUGCGCGACGAGGAGGCGUCAAGCGUAAGCUCCACCCACCGGGCGACAUUGAAGCAGUGGCGUAG